UAUUCAAGGAACCAGGCUUAGGCCUCGACGCCUCGUGUUCCAGAAUUUAUGGCUCAUCUACCUGCUAUAUUUUUGCUCCAAAAAAGUCCGGCAAUUCCUCUGCUCUCCUUCUGUUCUCCUCUCUUUCCUUCUUUACCCUCUUCUUCGACCUCUUCAUCAUCUCCUUUGCACACUUUGAGCACAUACAGGAUUGGUAAUGUCCGCCUUGGCGCUUUUCGUGCCAAAAUUGCUGCAGGGAGUGGUAGCGUUGCUCCCACUCUACCGGAGCUUAGUGGAGGUUUGAAGGAUAUUUAUAAAUGUUGCAGCAUAUGGAGGUGGAAGGGCUACAGUGUUAAUUUCUUCGUUAAGGGAACGGGACCACCGCUUCUUCUUGUUCAUGGCUUUGGCGCGUCAAUUGCCCACUGGCGUAGGAAUAUUGGAGUUUUAUCUGAAAACUACACAGUUUAUGCCAUCGAUCUUCUCGGAUUUGGCUCUUCAGAUAAGCCACUGGGAUUUUCAUACACAAUGGAAGUUUGGUCCCAGUUGAUUUUGGAUUUCUUGUCUGAAAUCAUUAAGAAGCCAACAGUUUUAAUUGGAAAUUCAGUUGGAAGCCUCACAUGCGUUAUAGCUGCUUCAGAAGCCACCCAAGGUAUGGUUAGGGGAAUUGUGCUACUAAACUGUGCUGGUGGAAUGAAUAACAAGGCAAUUGUUGAUGACUGGAGGAUAAGACUUAUAUUGCCUUUGUUCUGGCUAAUUGACCUCUUACUAAAGCAAAGGUCAAUUGCAUCUGCUAUAUUUGAAAAUGUUAAAAAAAGGGAAAACCUGAAGAACAUUCUGCUUUCUGUUUAUGGAAACAAGGAGUCUGUUGAUGAAGAUUUAAUAGCGAUUAUUAAGAACCCAGCAGAUGAUGUGGGUGCUCUGGAUGCAUUCAUCUCCAUUGUUACAGGUCCACCAGGGCCAAAUCCCGUCUCACUGAUGCCAAAAGUAACUGUUCCUGUUCUACUUCUAUGGGGUGAUAAAGACCCCUUUACUCCUAUUGAUGGUCCAGUGGGAAAAUACUUCUCUUCUCUUCCUUCUCAGCUCUCUAAUGUUAAUCUCUAUUUGUUAGAAGGAGUUGGUCACUGUCCUCAUGAUGACAGACCAGACUUGGUUCAUGAAAAGCUGCUCCCUUGGUUAGCUGCUCUUCCUGCCUUGUAAUCUGCUUCUAUUCAUUGCAAUGUAUGUAGAAUCAUUUGUGAAAUUAUUGCGAGAUGAAUAAAAUUUUAAAAAAUUGCUGUGAUUAUAUUAUUAUCAUUAUUAUU